GGUGCAGGUCCGCGACGUCGUUCCAGCCGCUGAAAGCGCUGAUCCACCUCCCGCCGCCGAACGCCCGGAGCCACGCCCGGCGCACCACCGCCAUGGUGGAGAACUGGCCCCAGCCUGGGGGAGGGGCAGCCCCGGCCCGCGCGGCGGCGGGGGACGUCCGAUCCCCUCCACCCCUCAAAAGGAGGAGGAGGAGGAGGAGGCGGAGGAGGAGGAGGAGGAGGAGGAGGAGGAGGAGGUGCUGCCCAGGGUGACCCUGGCCCAGGGCUGCUACGAAGGCCGGGCCAGGGCGCGAUGGGACUGGCACGACACGGCCAUCUCUGAGAGAUCUGGCAGUUCUGGGAGCUGUCUGGGGCGCCGUGGCCGUCCCGGGGCGCCCCAGAAGGCCCUGACAGCGUCUUGGGGCGCCCUGGGACGAUUCGUCCUGCUCCCAGCCCGCCCGAAAAGUGGCCCCCACGUUUCCGUGGAGGCCUGGGCGGCCUCCAGAGCACCGAGCACCCCUCACGCGGCCAAGAGGGCCCUAGGGGGCCCCAGCACGGCGCGAGAAGCCAGGGCUCCCUGGGCCAGGAGCACCUCUGGCAACACUCGACUUCUGGGGGGCGGAGGACGAAGGGGAGGGCCCACAUCACCAUGAAGCAAGUGGGUCCUGAGGGGAGGGCCUCUUUGAGGCUUCUCGGGGCUGCCGUGGACGAACUGAGUGCAGCCUUUUGUUGGGCAGCCCACAGAAGGACGCACGCGCCCAACCACGUACAUGAACAUGGCCCCCAAAUCCGCGGGGCCGGGCGCGUGAUACGAAC